CAGUCACGAGCAAAGGAAAGGGAAAUCGUUGUAAAUCCCAUUCAGUGCCUUGUGCAUCCUUUGGACAAAACGAAGGAGGAAAAAAUACGUUUUUUUUUCCUCCUUCUUUUCCUGAGCAUUUCGACUCCGUCCUCCCUGUGUUCAGAGUGUACAGACUAGGCAUCGAUUGACCGACAUUCACCUGAGUUUUUCCCCCCCACCGUUCGCGGACAUUCAUUCAAACCGCCUCCUCACUACACUCCGCCGGAGUUCAAACUUACCAAGUUUUUCUUUUAUUAUUCUUUUUCUUAUCAGAAACACCGCUCAAGCUUUUUUUUGCACUUCUGGACCGGAGAUCUGGAGAUGAAGACAGAUUUUACGUUUUUCUGUCGGACUUGGAUUGGAAUAGCGUACGCCUCAGGUCUGGUGAUUGGCUUUUCUAUGACUCCACCCAUCCUUGACAGCUCCAGUGAAGACCUAGUGAUUCCAGUCCACGAAACACUCACUAUUACAUGCAGGGGGCAGCGCACUCUGGCCUGGGCCUGGCCUGAUCAGACUCUGGUGGUACAGGAGCUAAUCGACCGUCAGGCCCAGCUGUCGACCCCGAGGGCCCCCGGGCAGAGGGUCGCCGUAGUCAGCGAAUGUCCGGGGCAGCGUAGGAAGCAGUACUGCAAGAGGCUUGUCCUGAGUGGGGCGCAGGCCAGAGACACGGGCUACUAUCGCUGCUAUUACAAAGAUGUCAAGGCCAUCAUCGACGGCACCACUGCCGUCAGCGUUUAUGUCUUCGUCAGGGACCCGGAGAACCCCUUCCUCAAGAGAGACGACAUAGAGACCAUUUUUAUCUCACGCCCCUCCACACACGUCACGGUGCCAUGUCUGGUCACGGUGCCCGAUCUGAACGUCACUCUCCACUCGCUUCCUUAUCCUCUGGAUAACAGCAAGAUGACAUGGGACAACAAGCAAGGCUGGUCCAUUCCCACGCAGAUUGCAGAGACUGCCCUUACAGUUGGGUGCACCGCCACACUGGGUGGCAAAAGUUUUCGUUCUGCCCAUUACGUGUUCCUCACCACAGGAAGUAAGGUUUAUGAUGUCAAGCUGUUUCCUGAGGACCCGGUAGAGCUGAUAGUGGGGGAGGCCCUCACCCUGAACUGCACGGCGACGGUGGAGUUCGACACCGGGGUGAACAUUCAGUGGUCUUACCCUGGCAAACAGACGAACAGUUGGGUGGACACUAAGCCCCAUCGCGAAGCCCUGUCACACGCCACAGAGGCUGUUAGCAUCCUGACCAUCCACAGUGUCAACGUCACAGACACUGGCUCAUACAUCUGCAAUGUCACCAGCACGGCCACUACACAAAUCCAACAAACUCAGGUCAUAGUUCAUGAAAGGCCAUUUAUCUUCCUGGACUACAGAGCUGGUCCAGUGGUGGAGGUAACUGCCGGCCAAAAGUCCUUCAAAUUACAAGUAAAUGUGUCUGCCUUCCCCACACCUGAAACACAAUGGUAUAAACAUGGAAAGCUGAUAAACCAUCGCUCAGAUUCCAAGUUGAAAAAGAUGAAGAUUCACCUUAACCACGCUUUGGAGAUUAAGGAUGUUUGUCUGGAGGAUUCCGGACGCUACACUGUGGUGUUGAAAAAUAGUGCCGCUGCGCUGGAGAGAAGGCUCAACAUCACACUUGUUGUCAAUGUCCCCCCACAGAUUCAUGAGAAAGAAGUGGCAGAUCCAUCCAGUCCUUACCCCAGUGGCAGCAGCCAGACUCUAACAUGCACCGCCUAUGGCAUCCCAGCUCCCAACAUCAGCUGGCAGUGGAGGGCCUGGGGCCCGUGUGUUCUCAACAGCACCCAAAGCAGACUGGUCCGACGAGACAGGAAGGGCCGGAGUGACAGGAUCGCAGACUGUCAGAACUGGCAGGACAUUAACUCGGAAAACGCCACAAAUGAAAUCGAGGCUAUUGAAACGUCCACAGAAGUGGUGGAUGGGCGACAAAAGAUAGUGAGCAGGCUUCAGAUUCGCAACGCCAGUGUUUCCGUCAUGUACAAGUGUUCCGCUGAAAACAAAGUUGGCAAAGAUGAGCGUCCGAUCUACUUCUAUGUUACAACCAUCCCCGAGGGGUUCAGCAUGUACGUCCAGCCCUCAGAGAAUCCCCUGGAGCAGGAGAAAGUGUCCCUGUACUGCAGUGCUGACAAUUACACCUACGAUCAGCUGCAGUGGUACCGCCUCGACCCCCGGGCCCUGCAGGAAGAGCAGGGCAAGCCCCAGGAGCUGGACUGCAGGAGCGUGCACCUCUACGCCAACAGGCUCGACGGCCAGCUCUCCUUCCAGGAGCCCUCCAACAGCUGGGUCCUGGACUUCACCAUCCCCUCCAUACGGCUGCAGGAUGAGGGUCAUUACGUGUGCGAGGCUCAGAGCAGGCGCAGCAGGGAGAAGCAGUGCCUGUUCAGAUACAUCUCUGUCAAAGCCCUGGAGGCGCCUCGGUACAAGCGCAGCCUCACCAACCAGACAGUGAAUGUGACCGAGUCUCUGCGGAUGGAGUGCGACGUGGAGGGCAGGCCUCUGCCCCGCCUUUCCUGGUUCAAAGACAACCAGCCUCUCCACCAAAUGUCAGGGAUCCAGCUGCAGGAUUCAAACCGCACUCUGAGUAUCCAGCGGGUGAGAGAGGAGGACGCCGGGCUUUACACCUGCACAGCCUGCAACCAGCGCGGAUGUGUCCACUCCUCAGCCGCCGUCAGGGUCAUCGGCUCGAUUGACAAGGCCAAUGUGGAGAUUGUGAUCCUCAUCGGGACUGGAGUCAUUGCUGUUUUCUUCUGGGCCUUGCUCAUCCUCAUUUUCUGCAACGUGAAACGGGUUAACCCGGCAGACAUAAAGACAGGCUAUCUGUCCAUCAUUAUGGACCCGGGGGAGGUGCCUCUGGACGAGCAGUGUGAAUACCUGCCCUACGAUUCCUCACAGUGGGAGAUCUCCAGAGACCGGCUGCAACUGGGAAAGGUUUUAGGCCAUGGUGCCUUUGGAAAAGUAAUUGAGGCAUCAAUCUACGGCAUCAGCAAGAGCAACAGCUUGGACACAGUGGCUGUCAAGAUGCUGAAGGAUGGAGCCACAGCCAGUGAGCAUAAGGCCUUGAUGUCAGAGCUAAAGAUACUGAUUCACAUUGGUAAUCAUCUGAAUGUAGUGAACUUGUUAGGAGCCUGCACCAAGCCAAAUGGUCCGCUGAUGGUGAUAGUGGAAUACUGCAAGUACGGGAACCUGUCCAACUUCCUACGAGCCAAGAGAGAGUUCUUCCUCCCGUACAGGGAUCGCUCUCCGAAAACUCAGAGCCAGGUGAGACGUAUGAUUGAAGCGGGUCAAAUGGACCAAAGAGCUCGACACCCACCUUCUCCGUCCUCCUCCCCUCUCACCAAUCACCAGAGUCCUCCAUCCAACACAUCCAAUCAGAACCCUGCCGUGGAGAAAAUGGAGGACUUGUGGAAAACUCCUCUGACGAUAGAGGAUCUAAUUUGCUACAGUUUCCAGGUGGCUCGUGGGAUGGACUUCCUGGCCUCCAGAAAGUGUAUCCACAGAGACCUGGCAGCCCGGAACAUUCUCCUGUCAGAGAACAACAUCGUGAAGAUCUGUGACUUCGGCCUGGCCAGAGACAUAUACAAAGACCCUGACUACGUUAGGAAAGGCAAUGCUCGUCUGCCUUUAAAGUGGAUGGCUCCGGAGAGUAUCUUUGACAAAGUGUACACCAGCCAGAGUGACGUGUGGUCUUUUGGAGUUCUCCUCUGGGAAAUCUUUUCGCUGGGUGCGUCUCCGUACCCGGGGGUGCAGAUUGACGAGGAGUUCUGCAAACAAUUGAAAGACGGCGUCAGGAUGAGAGCGCCAGAGACCGCCUCCCCUGAAAUAUAUGGCAUCAUGCUGGCCUGCUGGCAGGGCGAACCCAAAGAGAGACCAACCUUCCCUGCUCUGGUCCAGAUCCUGGGAGACCUGCUGCAGGACAACAGCCUACCUGAUGGGAAGGACUACAUCCCUCUGAAUCACUCACAGAGCUCAGAGGACGACGGUUUCUCUCAGGCUUCAUCACGGCCUCCGUCUGAAGAGGAGCUGAGACUGGCCUGUAACACUCUACCCACCAGGUAUUAUAAUUGUGUGCCCUUUGCCGGCUGUGUGUUUGUGGGACCCUCCAAAAUAUGCCAGCCCAGAGUGAAGACAUUUGAAGAGUUGCCCCUAGAGAUGCACCCACAGAAAGCUCCUCAAGACAACCAGACAGACAGCGGGAUGGUUCUGGCCUCCGAAGAAUUCGAGAGAAUCGAGCACAAGCACAGGGGUGCCGCCUCGAAAAGUCGUAUAGACAGCAGCAGCAGCACAGAGCCUCUGACAGCCUCCCAUGGUUCCCUGGGUCGAAGCAGCGACGCCGGCAGCUUCAGGCACCGUCCCAACUUCUUCAGCCAGCUGUCGGGACAGACCUUCUACAACAACGAAUACGGACAUCUGUCCGAGGAGGGCUUCUGCGAUUUCUUCUCCUCACCAGACGCCCCCUGCUUGGCUUCCUCCAAUGUGUAAAUCUUUACCAAAGACGCAGCCCAAAGUACUGGAAGGGGUUAAGAAACAACAACAGAAAAAAAAAGUGGUCAGCUCAGGUUGUGGUAGGUGUGUGAGAUUUAGUAAUAUCCCAUGUUGACAUGAAACUAGUCAUUUAUUAAUGAAAAUCUGAUCCUCAUGACCAGAGCUGACCUCUACUCAUCUCAAAGUUCUUUCCCUCUCCUCUUGGACUGCUGCCUCAACAAACAGACUGAGCUGUAUGUGCCUGAAGUUUCUCUAACCAGCCACUGGGUGGCAGCAUUAUGACAAAAACAAACCCUAAGUAUUUUCUAGUCACACAUUUAUAUUUUUAUCUUUUAUAUACAGAGUAUUCUUCCCUUAUUUGUACAAAUUAUGACUCAUAUGGGAAGAAAUAAAGAAAUUUAUCUUCUU